AUGUCUUCGAUGGAAGAGCGGAUGGAAUUAGGCGUCGCGGCCGCGCCAGGCUCCUCAUCUUCGGGUCUGGGUGUCGGUCCUGUGGGGGGCGCCCUGGACGCUGGCCCGGGCAGCGCAGGACUGGCAGGUAUCCAGGAGGAGUCCGGUGUGCGGAGAGACGGCGCUGGUUCCGAGCCCGACCCGGACGCGCCGCCCAAGAAGCGCGUGAGGCUGCAGGAAGGAGAAGCGGGGAAGCUCGAGGAGCGCCUGUACUCUGUGCUGUGCUGCACGGUGUGUCUGGACCUGCCUAAAGCCUCGGUGUACCAGUGUACAAAUGGGCACCUGAUGUGCGCAGGCUGCUUCAUCCACCUGCUUGCUGACGCGCGUCUAAAAGAGGAGCAGGCCACGUGUCCCAACUGCCGCUGUGAGAUCAGUAAGAGUCUGUGUUGCAGGAACCUAGCGGUGGAGAAAGCCGUGAGUGAACUGCCUUCUGAGUGCAGCUACUGCCUCAAACAGUUCCCUCGCUCCAGCCUCGAGCGCCAUCAAACAGAGGAGUGCCAGGACAGAGUGACGCAGUGCAAGUACAAGCGGAUUGGCUGCCCGUGGAAGGGUCCGUUCCAUGAGCUCAGCGCUCAUGAGGCAGAGUGUUCCCACCCAUCCAAAACCGGCAUGGAGCUGAUGGGCAUCCUGGACGAGAUGGACCAGAGCCAUCGCAGAGAGCUACAGCUCUACAACAGCAUCUUUAGCCUGCUGUGCUUUGAGAAGAUCGGUUUUACAGAGGUUCAGUUCCGGCCGUACCGCACCGACGACUUCAUCACGCGACUUUACUAUGAGACACCGCGCUUCACAGUGUUAAACCAGACCUGGGUGCUGAAGGCACGGGUCAACGACUCAGAGCGCAACCCCAACCUGUCCUGCAAACGCACGCUGUCCUUCCAGCUCAUCCUGAAGAGCAAAGUGAACUCUGCCCUGGAGUGCUCUUUCCUGCUCCUGAAGGGCCCGUACGAUGAUGUGAAAAUCAAACCUGUCAUCCAGCACCACGUCUUCUCCAACGACGCCAAUGAAACAGAGUACGCCCUGCUGCCCAUCAGCGACAGCGUGGAGUGCAACAAGCUGCUGGCUGCCAAAAACAUCAACCUCCGCCUCUUCAUCUUUCAGAUCCAGAAAUAGAGGCACGAGACGACAGAUGGAAGAAACGGAUCAGAAGACAGUAGGAGGAAGAGGGGAUGGUGUGAACAAAGAAGAAGCAAAGAGGGGAGACGAGCACCACAGAACCACAGAUACCUCUACGGGAGCAAAAGAAGGAUGAAUACGACCCAUCAGUACUGCAGUAGAUUGUUUGUUUGUGUGCGAGUGUGUGUGUGUGUGUGUGUGUGUUGUUGCUGGUUAGCUUUCAGACCCUCUACGGCCAAAACGAAGUUAACAGUUUCACCCAACACCCUGCAGAGUGGGACAGGCCGGAAUGAACAACACCAAGAGUCUGAGACUGUAUUUGUGUGUUUUUUUGGGCCUGUUUGUGUGGAUGUCAAGUCAGUGAAGACCAACAAAGAUGAGUGAUGUAAGGAACAAGGCCGAGCGAGCGCUAGAGAUAGAGACCGGUGUAGUGCAGCCAAUCAUUCAGGCAGCGUUCAACUCUGCGUUUGUUUGUUUUCACUCAGUUUUCAGACCUUCCUCUCGAGGCUUACCCACACACGCUGCGGCACAGUGGCCACAACUGCUUUAAGUGUAUUUUUGUAUCUGAAGGUGGCCAUUUUCAUUGAAGCGCUGCAGUACAGUCAAGCUGAACAAAAUGGCUGCUGAACCCACAACCCGAAAAAUGCGAUUUGCAUGUUUUUAGUUUUUCAGUGUGCUCUCUGGAACCGGUUUUAGUUGCGUAGCAUCACAGCCUUGUAAUCUAACUUAGGUUUGACCUUAUUAACACAUUUAUUUAUUAACCUGUGAAUCUUGCCUUUUCCCCCCUUCCUGUGAAUUUUCCUCAUUAUCUUGUCCUGUUCAACCCCCCUGGUUUGUGAACACAGGUACUCACUUCAUGAUGUCAUUGGCUUAUAGAUAUUUAUAUUUAUUGCUUUUAUUUAACCUGUAUUAAUUCAUGAGGUAACAGACAUUUCUCACUCACUGCGAGACUGGAAAGAUCUGAUUUUGAGCCAUUGUUAUAAACCCCUUCCCUUUUUCCACCCUCAUCCACAUAAACACUCGCACACACACACAAAAAAACCUUCUUUCAUACCUUCAUUAAACACACACACACACAGAAAGCUGGGGGUUACGAAAGAGCCAAUGGGGUAAUCGGAUCUCAGUUCGGAUGAAAGUGGCUGUGACUUAGUUUUGACAUACUUGAAUUGAUGAACGACAGAACUACAAACAGUUUAGCUGAUCUAGGAGAGACUCACUUCUGAUUAGAGUUUAGUUUAAACUGUUUCUGCAUUCAAAAGCUUUUAAUUCUCACUCUGGCUGUAUAUGUGCCUUUCUAUUAAAGCUCAUUUAAACAUG